AUGUUCGUCUCUAAGAUCCUCUUCGCGGCACUUGCCAUCGUCGAGGUAGCAUCAGCCGCCCCGGCCUCCCUCGCCAAGCGCCUGCCGGGCCGCGUCGUGAAAGCCGGUGAGCCGGUAGUGAUCGACACCAACUCUGAGUACGUCCGAGUCAGCUUUAUGAACGACGGCAGCCUGCUCGGCGGGUACGCCGCCAAGGACGGCACUCAAAAUGUCUUGCGCGUCGUGAAGUCGACCAACGGCGGCCAGUCGUGGGAGCAUCUCGGCGAAGUAUUCAGAGGCGAAAUCGCAACCCACGACAUCAACAACGCCAUGCCGCUUCAGCUACCCAACGGCCGCAUCCUGUACGCGUACCGGAACCACGACCGUAUGGGCGCUGACUGGCACUACACGUACUUCCGCAUCUCGAUCUCGUACUCGGACGACGGCGGCAAGACCUUCAAGUAUCUCUCUACCGUCGAGGAACACGUCCCGUCGGGCGUCAAUGGUCUUUGGGAGCCGUUCUUGCGGAUCGCUAGGGAUGGGUCGCUGCAGUGCUAUUACUCUGCUGAGAACAGCGGGGGCGACCAGGACAAUUUUAUGAAGUACUCCACGGACGGCGGCGCGACGUGGUCUCAUUGGAUUGCCGUCUCGGGCGGUGAUAAGAAUUCUCGCGAUGGUAUGGUUGGUGUUGCGCCUAUUGACAAUAACGGAAAUCUCAUUGCUGUCUUUGAAAACACCGAAAGCGGAGUCUUCUCAGUCAACUACGUGCUCUCGCACGACGACGGGCGAUCGUGGGGCUCGCGCGGCAGGCUGUACACGGCGCGCAACGGGAAGCUGGCGGGGGCGCCGCAGGUGUACAACGUGUGGGGCACGCUGGUGGCCAGCUUCAUGACGAACGAGGACGUGGAGGGCACGAGCGGGUACGACGGCGCGCAGAUGAAGGUUAUUACUAGCGUGGACGGAGGUAAGACGUGGUCCGGCAGCGUGGUUACCGGCGAGGCGGCGUCGCAUUGGCCGGGCGUGUUUAAUCGCGAUGCUACGCAUUUCUUGGCGCUGUAUUCGAAGGAUGGGCUCGGGGCUGUUAGUCAGUUGUAUGAGUUGAAGAAUUAG